AUGUCUGCGCCGCCGCGCCGGGCCCUCUUCUCGGCCACGCCGCCGCGCGUCUGCGCCAUCGCCGGCAGCGACUCGGGCGGCGGCGCCGGCAUCCAGGCCGACCUCAAGACGGCACAGGCGCUCGGCGCCUACGGCCUCAGCGUCGUGACGGCACUGACGGCGCAGAACACGCGCGGCGUCAGCGCCAUCCACGCCGUGCCGCCGGCGUUUGUGAGCCAGCAGCUCGCCGCCGUGCGCAGCGACAUUGCCGUCGAUGCGUGGAAGAUCGGCAUGCUGGCCGACGCGGCCAUCAUCGCGGCGCUGGGCGAGGAGCUGCGCAGCGGCGAUGGACUCGGCGCAUUCUGCACUGCCUGCGCCUUGAAAAGCGCUCACGCCGCCCAUGCAGCGCCGCUCGUGCUCGACCCCGUCAUGGUCUCGACGUCCGGCUCGCUGCUGCUCACGCACGACUCGAUUGCCGUGCUCGUCGAGUCGCUGCUGCCGCUGUGCACCGUCCUCACGCCGAAUCUGCCCGAGGCACGGCAGCUGCUGCGUCACGCACGCUCGAGCACGAGCACAGCACAGGCCUCUUCCUCCACAGCCACGCCUGAUGACCCGCUGUCCACGCUGCGCUCGCUCAUCGACGCCGCACGCGAGCUGUGCGCCCUCGGCCCGGCAGCAACGCUCGUCAAGGGCGGCCACCACGUCAUGCGCCGUGCGCAGAUUGAGGAGGGCCUGCGCGAGCUGGGCGUGAGGCUGAAGCCAGGCUUUGCCGCCUCCGAAGGGCCCGCACACGCAGGGCCCUUUGCGCCGGCAUCGGCCCUCACCGGCGCCGAGGUGUCGCACGGCAGUCUUGCGCUCGAGGGCGCGCCUGCUGCGGACCUGACGCUUGUGCGCACAGAUGGGCAGCCGUGGUCCGACGUGCUGCGCCGCUGGUACGCCACGGGCGCGCAGAGCGCCAAGGAUGACCCGGACGCCGUGGUGGUCGACGUGCUGUACGAGACGGCACACGAGCAGCCGCGCUACACGCUCUUCAUCAAGCCACACAUCGACUCGUCGGCCACGCACGGCACCGGCUGCACGCUCUCGUCUGCCAUCGCCACGUACCUGGCAGCUGGGCUGAGCGUGCGCGAGGCGACAGGCCUGGGCAUCGCGUACGUGCAGGCUUCGCUGGCACGCGGCCUGCCCGACCUCGGCUCAGGGCCGGGCCCGCUGAACCACGCCAGCAACGUCUGCCCUCGCGGCGUGCUGGCUCCGUCAGCGCUGGGCAGCGCCACCGACCGCGUGCCCUUCUGUGCGCGCCUCAUCGCCAACUCGCUGCGCGACUGGCAGGGCUACACGCAGCACGAGUUUGUGCGGCAGAUCGCCUCGCGCAUGCUGCCGCGCGAGGCCUUCGUCUGGUUCCUCAAGCAGGACUACAUCUUCCUGCGGCAUUACGCGCGCGUGUGGGCGCGCGGUGCCGCCUCGGCCGUCGUUGGGCGCACCUUCGCCGACAUUGCGCUCUUUGCCGGCAUGGCAGGCGCCAUGGCCAACGAGGCGCAGACACACGUGCGCCUGUGCGAGCGUUGGGGCAUCUCGCUGCAGGAGCUCGAGCUCGGCACGCGCGAGAGCGCCGCGACGCUGGCGUACACGCGCUACGUGCUCGACGUCGCCAACGGCGGCGAUGCGCUCGACCUGCUCGCGGCCACGGCGCCGUGCGUGCUGGGUUAUGCCGAGGUCGGGCUCUGGCUUGCGUCGCAGCGCAGCGCGCCUAAGCAGGCCUCCGAGGACGAGGCUGCGUACGAGGAAUGGGUGGAGACUUACGCAGGCGAUGAGUUCCAGGAGGUGGUGCGCAAGUCCAUCGAGAGCAUGGAGCAGCGCGCCGCCGCCGACACGCUGUCCCCCAUGCGAGUUGCACGUCUGCAGCAGAUCUGGAAUGCCGCCACACGGCUCGAGAUCGGCAUGUGGGACGAGGCGCUCGACCCGCGGUUACGGCGCGAGAUCGUCGACGCCGAGCAAUGAACGCAACAGCCUGCACGUCCUCGCAUCGCAAUCAUGCACCCGGCACCCCAUAGAACUAUAGAUGCUCGCCUUCGGGCCACCGCGGUAAUGCAAUGCCGCUCGUCACCGCCUUGAUGCGACUGAUCUCACGCUGGCUAACCUUGAUGUUGUCUCAUUUGGCGUGCAGGCAGGCAGAUACGCGAGUGCAGCGGUACAGAGUAGGAAGGGAGGCAUCUGCGAAGCGGGUAAGAGGGUGUAGCGCAGCAAGGAGCGGACUGUGGGGCU